AUAGUUGACAACACAACACAAACAUCAUUCAACAAACAAUACUCUCUCUCUCUCUCUCUCUCUCUCUCUCUCUCUCUCCUCAUAUUCAUUUUUUGAUUAUUUCUAUUAUUUGUGUCUCUCUUUGCAUUCUCACAUCUCAAAAAUCAAACCCUUCAAAACCCAAAAAACCAAAAGGUCCCCCCAACACCUUCAAAAUCCUACAACUUUCCAUCAUCAACAACCACCACCACCUUCAUCAAACUUCAUCACAACCCAACAUCAAAUUUUAAUAAAAAACAAAACUUUCUUACAUACCAACAUGGAUUUGCAAUGAAAGUGAGAGUGUUUAAUUAUGCGAACGCUUUGUGACGCUUGUGAGAGCGCUGCUGCUAUUGUUUUCUGUGCUGCUGAUGAAGCUGCACUCUGUCGUGCUUGUGAUGAGAAGGUUCAUAUGUGCAAUAAGCUAGCUAGUAGACAUGUUAGGGUUGGUCUUGCAAGUCCAAGUGAUGUGCCGCGCUGCGACAUAUGUGAGAAUGCACCUGCUUUCUUUUAUUGCGAAACGGAUGGAAGUUCCCUUUGUUUGCAAUGCGAUAUGAUAGUUCAUGUUGGUGGUAAAAGAACACAUGGAAGAUAUCUUUUGUUUAGGCAAAGAGUUGAGUUUCCAGGUGAUAAACCUAGUAAUGCCGACAACCCAGCUUCACAACCUUUGGAUCCCGGUGAUAUUAAAAGAGGACAAAGUCCGCUUCCCAAACAAAAAUCAGGAGAGAAGCAACAAAAUAAUCAUCGGAUGCCUCCGGUUCCAACUUCAGAACCUGAUGCUGGUGGAAAUACUAAGAUGGACAAUAAAUUGAUUGAUUUGAACAUGAAGCCUAACAACAGAAUACACGAACAUGCAUCAAAUCAUCAGCCAUAGGUCUCACUACUAGACAACACGAUUCGGACACCAGAAAUCUCUCAAAGGCAAAAGCUUCAUGUUGCUCUCAUGCAUGUUAAUUACAAAAGUGGCAUGUUCUAUUAACAUCAUAUUAUGGCAAAUGAAGCAUUGGAGCAUCAAAGUCUGAAGAAUUUGUUCUCUCAUGUAGGAAUUUAGUGUUAGUUCAACACAUAGUAUCUGUACUUCAAUGAAUUGCUAACUAUACAUAUGUUUUUCAAUGAACUGUGUGUUGAAUUUUGUUUUUAGUUUCAGUUUUGUAUGUGACAUUUGUGCAUCUCCAGAACAUAGUGGAUAAUACUUCUUUUAUUUUUUUAAAUAAAAUAAAAAAUGUGUUUAGCCAAAUCACAUUUGAUGGCAGAAA